GUCAACGUCAUUUUCCGUUGAUUGUAAAAGGGUCCUUGAACCGUCUUUAGUAACUGAAGGGGCAUCGCCUUUGUCUUUGGAUAUAGGGGCAAACAAUCCACACGCUCGAAACAAUCAAGUUAAAGAGUCUAUGUUCAGAAAGGCAAAGAAUAAGUUCAUCAUGCUGAAGGUUUUGAGGGAACUGGGAGGCAGGGGGAGUACUCCGCGGCCCGACUCAGACGAAGCCUCUAAGAAACGCUCAGCAAGUGGGACUUCCUUCAAACAAGACUCUGGAGAAGAAGAUGACAAAAGUAACAAUGGUGAGGCUGAUAACGAAACCAGUACGGUUGACCAGGCGCAAGAAUGGCGCCCUCAAACAAGAAGUGUGCCAAAAUGCAUCAUUCUCCACUACUCGCCCUUUAAGGCAGUUUGGGAUUGGAUGAUUCUGCUGCUCGUGCUUUACACUGCUGUAUUCACCCCGUACGUCGCCGCCUUCCUCCUCAACGAGGACGAGGCUAGAAUGAAGCUGAAUCAAAACUCAGCCACGAGGCUCCAAAAUGCGAAGACCAAUCAAGCCGAUCCACUUGUCAUCAUCGACCUCAUUGUGGAUGUGAUGUUUAUAGCGGACAUUCUGAUCAACUUUCGUACCACGUAUGUUGCUAAUGGUGAAGUCGAGUCUGACCCUCAGAAAAUUGCAGUAAAUUAUGUGAAAAGCUGGUUUCUCAUUGAUGCCAUUGCAGCUAUUCCAUUUGACCUGUUGCUCUUUGGCUCGGGAACUAGUGACACAAUGACAAUCACGGGUGUCCUAAAGACUGCCCGGUUGCUUCGAUUGUUGAGAGUAGCGAGGAGAGUCGACCAGUAUUCAGAAUACGGAGCCGCUGUCCUGUUGUUACUGAUGGCGAUUUUCACCCUUAUUGCUCACUGGUUGGCGUGUAUAUUCUACGCCAUCGCGUACGUUGAACGCCAGACGUUACAUGCGCCAAUAAGUUGGCUUGAUGCUUUAGCAAGGGACACAAACAACCCAUAUCUUCCCAACGAUACAAGUAGUGGGCCUCCAUUAAAGACUAAGUAUAUCACUGCGUUGUACUUUACAUUUACAAGUUUGACGUCCAUAGGAUUUGGGAACAUCUGUCCAAAUACCAACGCUGAGAAGGUCUUCGGAAUAUUCGCUAUGUUAUUAGGAUCAUUAAUGAGUGCCGCCAUCUUCGGGAACGUAUCCUCCAUAAUGUUGCGUUUAUACCAAGGGACAGAAGAAUAUCAUGAGAGGCAAACCAGUAUUAAGGAGUUCAUAAACUUCCAUCACAUCCCUAAAACAUUGGCCGCGAGGCUUGUUGAAUCACAUCAGCAUAGCUGGUCGUAUACAAAUGGCAUCGAUAUGAAUGGAGU